AUGAGAAGAAAGGGUUCCAGUGAUGACAUUGAAGAUGUGUCUCUCUUUGAUGCAGAUGAUGAUGCAUCCAGGAGAUCAAAAAAGUCAAAAAUAAGGCACCCAGUGGCAUCAUUUUUCCACUUAUUCUUCCGAGUCAGUGCGAUAGUUGUCUAUCUGCUCUGUGAGCUCUUAACUAGCAGCUUUAUUGCCUGCAUGGUGACAAUUAUCCUCCUCUUGUCGUGUGACUUUUGGGCUGUAAAGAAUGUCACUGGGCGGCUGAUGGUUGGCCUUCGCUGGUGGAACCAGGUGGAUGAUGAUGGUAGAAGUCACUGGAUAUUUGAAGCCAGGAAGGUAUCAGCGCAAGGCAGUAAAACCUCAUCAGAAGCAGAGUCCCGAAUUUUCUGGUUAGGUCUAAUUACCUGCCCUAUGAUCUGGGUGAUAUUUGCUUUCAGUGCUCUCUUUUCUUUCAAAGUGAAGUGGCUGGCCGUGGUUGUGAUGGGAGUGGUGCUUCAGGGAGCCAACCUGUAUGGUUAUAUCAGGUGUAAAGUUGGCAGUAGGAAAAAUUUGACAAGCAUGGCGACCAGCUAUCUUGGAAAGCAGUUCUUGCGGCAGACUGUGGCUAAAGAGGACCAAACAGCAUCCUGA